AUGGCUGUACAUAUUGAAGAAAUGAUUGCAAAUGUACGAGCAAGUGUGGUGUCAAUGUGGCCACAAUCAAAAGUUGAGACUUUUGGAUCUUAUUCGACGGGUAUUUGGCUUCCAAGUAGUGAUGUCGACCUUGUGAUUCUGGAUGUUUUGAAAGUGAACGAUUCGAAAGUAACUGCAAUACAUUUACGAGAACUAGCUAAGGUACUGGAAAAGAAAAAAUGGGUCGAAUCGCUACUUGUGCUGGAAACGGCCAAGGUCCCAGUUUUGAAACUGGUCAGUGCUGGAACAUCGGUGCCUAUUGAUAUCACAUUCGAGUCGGCUACAACACACAGUGGACUGCUUGCGCGCGAUCUUAUUAAGCGCUAUGCAGACAAGAUGCCGGAAUUGUAUCCAUUGGCUAUUUUGUUCAAGCAACUCUUACGUGAACGUGACUUAAACGACGCGUACACAGGAGGACUCAGUUCGUACUCGGUCGUGCUUAUGCUGAUUCAUUUCUCGCAGCUCUGGCGGAACGGUGACUUGUGCUUUGAAGCAGCUUCUAUCUAUGCAUCGGGAUCACUGCCACCGAUACCAUCUAUGCUUGCAUCGAAAAACCAGGCUUUGAAGGCAGGACGGAUACAGGCAGAGUUGACUUUGUCGAAUGGUAAUAGUAAAGUCGGCAGCGAAUGUAAUGCGAUCGAGGUGCCGACUAGUUUAGCUCAGCAUUCGGAGACGUCUGUUGCAGAUGCUAAAAGCUCGCCAAAAAAGUCGGCUUCUUUCCCGUCGCCAGGUCUCACCUCAACUUAUGCAGCUGUAGUGGCUCGUGCGAAGCAGCAGCCUUUGGAGGAUUUGUCUCGAGAUACAUCUUUUGAACCACGAUUCACUUAUGCUGCAGUAGCAGCUGGAAUUGCAAAGGUCUCUGAGGAAAAGAAGCCUACUGGACCACCAUCUAGCUACGCUGCGGCAGUGUCUGCGCCUGCAGAGUCGUCCUCAUCAGCAAGACGAAAAAGUGUUGUGACAGCGAAGAAGCAGGUACAGGAUGCUCAUUUGUUAGACGCGAUUAGCGUGUCCAGUAGCAACGCAGACACAGAAGACUCGAGUUCAUCGUGCAGCCACUCUUCCUCAACGGACAGCGACGACGAAUCGGCAAAGAUGUUGUCCCAUCAGCCUCCUGCUUCUCUUGGUGAGCAUACAAUGAUGAUUCUCGAGUUCUUUGGUAUUAUCUUUGACUAUCGCAAGAAUGGACUGUCAGUGCGCGACGGAGGGUACAUUUACAGGCUAGCGGAUAGCCACCGCUUGCACGUCGGGAAGCCAGCGUUGGUAAUUGAAGAUCCGAUUCACCCCGAUCGCAACGUAAGUGCCAGCAGCUUUGCCUUUCCUAAAGUUGUGGCGCUGUUCGAGGACUCGUACUAUGCUCUCAAGUAUUUCCGUGCGUCGAAGUUUACCCCGUCAGCGCUGAGCUGUUUGCUUAGCACUUCUGGACACACGAACCACAGUCGCAGCAAAGUGCAGACUGUUCAGUCAUAA